AUGGUGCGAAAAAAUCUGCAAGUUAAAGAAAAUUGUUGGGCGAAGGGGCCCGUAGUCAUCGAUGACAACAAACCCUGCAGGAUAAAGAACGCACCUGCAGAUGAGAACGAAGUCGCCGGCGUUACGGGGUUAGACCUAGGGACCCUGGUGCCACGGAUUCUAGCCGUUAAGGUAUUUGAGUCCGAGACAGCCUAUCGCGAAGAGGUAGCUGAAUCUAUUGUCGAACUCUUGCUGCAGGUUCAGAAUAGGGACGCUGGCACGUCUGAACUUCGCAGAAGACUAGAGGUGGGUGACGCUAGCGUAGGUGAUCGUUCGACCUGGGCAGUAGACAAAGAUGGCCUGCUUAGGAAAGAUGGUAAAGUCUACGUACCGCAAGACAAGGCCGUAAGGCAUGAAAUAAUGAAAAUGAACCACGAUGAUCCCCAAGGUGGCCAUUUUGGACGUGACAAAACCAUCGAAGCGAUCAAACGCAAGUACUCGUGGCAUGGUAUGAGCGAUGAGAUUGCAGAAUAUGUGAGGACCUGCGAUGUUUGCCAACGCGUCAAGAUACCGCGGCAUAAGCCGUACGGGUUGCUACAACCACAUCCAGUGCCAGAUAAGAAAUGGCAUACAAUCACCUUCCAUCCGCAAACCGACGGCCAAACGGAACGAUUGAACCAGGUGAUUGAACAUUAUCUUCGCACAUAUUGCAGCUACCAGCAGGAUAACUGGAUAGAGUGGAUUCCCCUGGCGCAAUGGGCAUAUAAUAACGCCUUCCACGCAUCGAUAAAAAUGACACCAUCUGAAGCGAUGAUCGGCCGACCAACUGAACUUCGUAUAGACGUGGAACCCCCAAGCACGGGCGCGUCAAAGUCGGCGAUAGAACAAGUGGAACGGAUGAAGCAAGCGGAAAACAGGAUUCGAGAAUGCCUAGAAGCUGCCAAAGCAGCUGAGAAAAAGUAUUAUGAUCAGCGCCAUAUACCAAAAAGCUUUAAGAUAGGGGACUGGAUCAUCGAUUUUUGGGUCCCUUCCAAAUAA